AUGGAAGGUGUUCAAACUGUGGAUGUGAGCUGGCUUCAUCAUACGCAGAAAGAUCAUCUAUCGCGUACGAAAUCAGUAUCCUCAGGGGUCAGCGACGACAAGUCGAGCGACAAGGACUCCACAAACCCAUCCAGGCCGUACCGACGAUCCCGAUCGAAUAGCAGCCCGGCUCGUCCACCAUCUUCGAGUGGCACAACACCAAAGCACGAGCCGCAGAAUGCAGUGAUUCGAGAAGGAAAACCGGUUCAAGAAGCAGAAAAGCCCGCUGUGCAGAAACCAUCUACCCCCUCGCCGGCGCCACAGAAGACUACGCCCAAGCCUGUCAGUGGGCGCAGAAACUCAUGGAUCUCCAGCUUGAGCUCCAAGUUCUCCUCUGGAUCCACUCCACCAUCGCAGUCUAGUCUGAAAGGAAGCCCGGCAAGUCCGAAGGCCACUGGACCUCUCGACCAUAACCCGUUCGGCGCUGCAUUCUCCCCGAAAGACAAGGAAGAGGAAAAGAAAGAUGAUCCAAAUCCAUUCACUUCCUCCUCGCCGAAAGGACCUUCCUUCAUCCACAGUGCACUGCGCAAGUUUUCGUCUAACUCUGGUGGGUUGCCCAAGCUGCCGGCAAAUGCCGCAACAUGUCCGCGCCGAGUGAUGAACCUCGACCAGGGCCGCGAGCGGUGUAAAAUUGCAGAUCUGAACCAAGCGAAGCUGAAUAGGGUGGCAUUCUGUGUGGAUGUUGAAAUCGCCGGGAUAUCGCAUCGGGACUCUGAUGAAGACGCACCUCCUACAAAUCAACUACGACAGCAUUUGCCAGAGUCUAAUCGCCAGAAGAUGAAGAAGGCUGAAGCGAAAGCUGAACCCAAGCCAGAAAGUGAGACAGAUACUAAGGCACAAGAUAAAGAAAAGGGAAAAGGGGAGGCCGAAGCACUAAAGCACCCAGAAGCCGCAGUAGCCGAGAAAGAGACACCAGCUUCGACCCCAGCGACCCAAGCGACCCCAGCGACCCCAGCAGCUCCUUCAUCUCCAGCACCUGAUCAAGCAAAUAGGUCUCCGGAUACUCAGCUCGAGGUUUCCGCUCCCGAUUCUGUUGCUGCGAAGCCUACCACCGAGGGCGAAGUGAAUGUCGAAAAGAAUACUGAAAAGAAAGACCCGACUCGCAAGCAAGAAAAGAAGAAACGGUCUGAGGAAGAACGAAAGGAGCGCAAAGAGCGUAAGCGCAGACUAGCUGUGGCGAACGGAACGAUCCCACUUCAAAUAGAUGCCGAACUGGACGAGGAAGAUUGCCGUGCGUCAAAGUCUGGCUCCUCGCGUUCCAAGACACAGAGCCAUCCUACAACAGACCCCGCCCGCAUCUAUCGCCGCUGCUGCCAGUUGAGGGAGACCCCUGUCCUUAAGCGGGUGAUCGAUGAAAUUUCUUCGCCGUCCUCCACCCUGGCUGAAUCGCCUGGUACCGUUGCCGCUCUGGAUCUCAGUAACUUUCCAAUGACGCCUCAAGACAUCGUGACGUUGAGUGAUUGGCUUGCCGUGGUGCCUGUUCGUAAGCUUCUUCUGGAAAAUUGUGCAUUGACAGACGUCUCGAUCCGGGCGAUUCUUGCUGCAUUGCUUUCGACAAAGACUGUGGAACAGAUGCGUUAUCGGCGAAAGCGAAAUCGCAGGUGUGAAUCGCCCUCUGUCAAGUAUGAACGCUGGGGCGUAGUGGAGAAGCUGUCGCUCAAGGACAAUCCGAAGAUUGGUCGAGAGGGAUGGCGCCACAUUGGCCUCUUCGUUCACCUGUCCAGGUCCUUGAGGGCGAUUGACCUUUCCGGUAUUCCUUUCCCCAAGCCUCGGACACCAAGUGACAAAUCAGCCCAAAGCACGGUCACAGAUGCCUGCGAUACGUUUGCGUGUGCGAUGGCAGAAAGGUUCAGCGGCGAUCAUCUCGAGGAGCUACUCAUGAGUGAAUGCAAGCUUUCUGUUGAACAGGUCAAGCGAAUUUGCGAGGCAUCUACCAAACUAGGACUGCGGAGGCUGGGCAUUGCAAACAACGAUCUCACUCGAGAAGGUUUAGUACAUGUGGUUGAGUAUGUCAAAGCUGGUCAAUGUGAGGGGUUGGACCUGGGAGGAAACCCUAUCAAAGACGACAUUGACCUUAUUACGAAUGCUGUUGAACCUGAACAGCCACUAUACGCUCUCAGUCUGGCCGAUUGCUCCUUAGAUGCUUCUGUGAUCUUUCCGUUGCUGCAAGCCCUUACUCAGAUCCACAAUCUCCGCUUCAUUGAUUUCUCUCAUAACCCCGACCUGUUUUCAAUGCAGCCCAGCGCCCUUGGAGCAUUCCGGCGCUUCUUGCCCAAGAUGCCCUCUCUCAAGCGUAUUCAUCUCGCUGAUGUCAAUCUGUCUCCCGAUCAUGCCAUUGGUCUUGCGGAGGUGCUGCCAGAAUGCCCUAGCCUUUGCCAUUUGAAUAUACUGGAGAACCCGCAGAUUGCAUCGCUGGCCUCUGCUAUAGACCCUGCUGGUCAGGAAGAGGCUUGUGCUGUCUAUGCUUCUAUGAUGGCCGCUGUCCGCGUUUCGGGCACAAUCAUCGCAGUGGACAUUGAAGUCCCCACCGCCGAAAACAACGAAGUUGUAAAGGCAAUAGCAUCCCAGAUCGUUGCCUAUUCUCUUCGAAAUCUGGAAGGUUCUGCCAUUGGAGAGGAACUCUCUGAAAUACAUGUAUCGCAGGACGUUCCAAUCCCAGAGAUCCUGCAGCACAUUGUCGGACAUUCCUUGGGCAUGGACGAGCCAUGUGAUGAAGAGGAUGAUGCCGCUCCAGACGAGGACUACGUCAUUGGCGGUACAGGUGUGGUCAAGGCAUUAAGUGUCUGUCUCGGAAACCUUGAUCAUCAUGGUAGUGAUAUUCCGGGGGAUUCAGCACCUGCAAGUGGCACUACGACCCCUCGACGUCGGAAGUCCAGAGGGCUGGUUGCUAAGAGGCCUCGCGAUAUGGCGAAGAAUCUGCUGGAGUCCGCACGCAACAUCCGAGCUCGGAUUCAGUCAGCUCUUAUUCGCGAAGACCGGGCUGGUAACGAUGCUAAUUACAGACGUCUCCAGUUCUUGGAUGUUACAUUACACAAAAUGAUCCAGCGCUUUGAAGAUGAGUAUCCUGAAACUCGUCUACCUUCUUUCCCUCUGCCCGUGUCUGCUGUGCCAGACAACGGCUCACAGCACUCCGGCGAGGAUGGAACUGGUUCAAGUGCCAUCAACCUCAGCAGCAGCUUUAUGGAUAAUGACAAUGCUGUUGACGAUGAAGAAGCCGAUCAAUUCGGUUUCCACCUUUCCCGAUCCAGCUCGAUGACCUCGCUGCAUGCCCGUGCCAUGACAUCUGAAGAAGGCCAUGUCCAUCGCCUAGGUCAAAACCUGCGCCGCGAUUUUCUGAAAACCCCCGAUCGGCAAGGCGAAAACGAAGACAGCUCACACCUCGAUGCUCUACGAGAGAAACUUGAGCGCCUCCACGAGGAGCAGUCUCAAUCACCCUUUGACAAUGGAGAAGCCUUUGAGAAACUCGGCAGUAAUCUUGAUGAGCUCUGGAUCGCCCAGCGUCAGGACGUUGAGGGAUUCGAAAAAUUCAAACAAUCUCAAAUCGCCGCUCAGAUUAAUAGUGGUCUGCGCCGGGGAUCCUCAUCCUCUGAGAGCAAUACGCUUCCAUGA